AUGGAGCCCGAGGAUGAGAAUGAAGUUAUUUUCAAGGGCGGCUACCAACCGCGUACGACAUACAUCAGUGCAGACGAUCAGUCAGACACCUCCAUUGAAUACCUCCACACAGAAGAGAAAAAGCCCGUCAUCAAUGCCAACCUUCUCACCGAGGUGAACUAUGGCCACCACGGAAGCAAAAUUCCAAAGCAGCAUGACAUCAAAGAACAGCAGACAGAAAAUAUCGAAGCAACAUACCCCAUACCCCAACCCACUCGAAUCACGUGGCCCUUUCAAGGCAGCGAAUGCGAAGACGUCAAGAAAUUGGAACAAUUGUUGCAGCAUCUUGAAGAACCGCGGUUGAAUGUGCUGAGGCAGCUGAGGAAUGUCUAUGAGAAAAAGGGCAUAUCAGCCAAUCGAAUCAAACAAUUUGGCAAACUGGUUGAUUGGUCCGAGUCAGAGACAGAAAGCGAGGAUGAUAAGUCAUGA